AUGGAAGUCUCCGAGAGCCUUAGAAGGUCCGGCAGCGGAUUCACCACAAUCCGUCGAGAAAGACAGGCGCAAGGUGUUUGCCAGUGCAGUGGAGUGAACCAAUGCCCACCAGGUGCACCAGGUGGCCCCGGAGCCCCGGGAGUUCCGGGAGAGCCCGGAAGGCGCGGCAGCAAAGGUCCACCAGAUACAUCUAAAUGCAAAGUUUGUCCUCCUGGACCAGUCGGACCUCCCGGAUCACCUGGACCAGCAGGACCACCUGGUGGAAGAGGAGUACCAGGACAACCAGGAAUGGAUGGUCCACCAGGAGAUGCAGGUGCUCCCGGUAAUCCGGGUGCUCCUGGAGCUCCCGGUCUUCCCGGACCAGCAGGUGUACCUGGUGAACCCGGAAGAGACGGAGAACAAGGUGGAGUGGGACCACCAGGACCACCUGGUCAAGCUGGACCACCUGGAGCCCGUGGAGCUAAUGGAGAACCAGGACAGGCAGGAGUACCAGGAGAGCCUGGUGUACCCGGUGAAAGUGGUGCGCCUGGCGAGAAUGGCGCGGGAGGUCCACCUGGAACUCCUGGACGUCCUGGACAACCCGGAUCGCCAGGACCUGACUCUCUCUACUGUCCUUGUCCAAGACGUGGCAAGGCUAAGCUGUCAAAGAAGAAGAAGGUCAAAGCUUAA